AUGAGGUGCAGCCUGAGGAGGAUGCUGCGCCCGGAGGAGAGGAAGGAGAUCCAGGGCGUUGUCUAUCGCGGGGUGGAGGAAGACAUGGACUGCUCCAAGGAAUCCUUUAAGGUGGACAUUGACGGAGAUAUGUAUAGAUUAGAAGACUUUGUCAAGAACCGAAGAAAACUAAGCAAAUAUGAGGAUGAAAGUAUCUCCCCUUUGCAUCAUGCAGCAGCAGAAGGUCAGAUUGAACUAAUGAAGAUGAUCAUCCAUGGUUCUUCUUGUGAAGUGCUGAAUAUAAUGGAUAGUUGUGGAAAUACCCCACUGCACUGGGCUGCAGAAAAGAACCAAGUUGAAAGUGUGAAGUUUCUUCUUAGCCAAGGAGCAAAUCCAAACCUUCGAAACAGCAACAUGAUGGCACCCCUUCACAUAGCUGUACAGGCCAUGUACAAUGAAAUGACCAAGGUCUUAACUGAGCACAUCUCCACCAACAUCAACUUAGAAGGAGAGAAUGGAAACACAGCUUUGAUGUCUGCAUGUGCCAAAGACAACAGUGAAGCUUUGCAGCUCUUGUUAGAAAAAGGAGCUAAGCUGUGUAAAUCAAAUAAAUGGGGAGACUACCCUGUUCACCAGGCUGCAUUUGCAGGUGCCAAAAAAUGCAUGGAAUUAAUACUAAACUAUGGUGAAAAACAUGGCUACACCAAGGAGUCUCAUAUUAACUUUGUGAAUCAUAAGAAAGCUAGCCCACUCCACCUGGCAGUUCAAAGUGGUGACUUGGACAUGAUUAAAAUGUGCCUAGACAAUGGUGCACACAUCGACAUGAUAGAGAAUGGCAAAUGCAUGGCCCUUCAUUUUGCUGCAACCCAGGGAGCCACUGACAUUGUUAAACUCAUGAUCUCAUCCUAUACUGGAAGCAGUGAUAUUGUGAAUGCAGUCGAUGGCAAUCAGGAGACCCUGCUUCACAGAGCCUCAUUGUUUGACCAUCAUGACCUGGCAGACUACUUAAUUUCAGCGGGAGCAGACAUCAACAGCACUGAUUCUGAAGGACGCUCUCCACUUAUUUUAGCAACUGCUUCUGCAUCUUGGAAUAUUGUGAAUUUGCUCCUCUCCAAAGGUGCCAAAGUAGACAUAAAAGAUCAUCUGGGGCGUAACUUUUUACAUUUGACUGUACAACAGCCUUAUGGACUAAAAAAUUUGCGGCCGGAGUUUAUGCAGAUGCAACAUAUCAAGGAGCUAGUGAUGGAUGAAGACAAUGAUGGAUGUACACCUCUGCACUAUGCGUGUAGGCAGGGGGUCCCAGUCUCUGUAAAUAACCUCCUUGGGUUCAAUGUGUCCAUUCAUUCCAAAAGCAAAGAUAAGAAAUCACCCCUGCAUUUUGCAGCCAGCUAUGGACGCAUCAACACAUGUCAGAGGCUUCUACAAGACAUAAAUGACACGAGGCUUUUGAAUGAAGGGGAUCUCCAUGGAAUGACCCCUCUUCACCUGGCAGCAAAGAAUGGACAUGAUAAAGUCGUUCAGCUUCUUCUGAAGAAAGGGGCAUUGUUUCUCAGUGACCACAAUGGCUGGACGGCUUUGCAUCAUGCAUCCAUGGGUGGGUACACUCAGACCAUGAAGGUCAUUCUUGAUACUAACUUGAAGUGUACCGAUCGACUAGAUGAAGAAGGGAACACAGCACUCCACUUUGCCGCCCGGGAAGGCCAUGCCAAGGCUGUUGCUAUGCUUCUGAGCUACAACGCUGACAUUGUCCUGAACAAGCAGCAAGCCUCCUUUCUGCAUAUCGCACUGCACAAUAAGCGGAAGGAAGUGGUCCUCACAACCAUCAGGAGUAAAAGAUGGGAUGAAUGUCUUCAAGUUUUCAGUCAUUAUUCUCCAAGCAACAGAUGUCCAACCAUGGAAAUGGUAGAAUACCUUCCUGAGUGCAUGAAAGUUCUUUUAGACUUCUGCAUGAUACCUUCCACAGAGGACAAGUCCUGUCAUGACUACCAUAUUGAAUAUAAUUUCAAAUAUCUUCAGUGCCCACUAGCAAUGACCAAAAAAUUAACACCUACCCAGGAUGUGAGAUAUGAGCCUCUUACAGUCCUCAAUGUCAUGGUACAACAUAACCGCAUAGAGCUUCUCAACCACCCUGUGUGUAAGGAAUACUUACUUAUGAAAUGGUGUGCUUAUGGCUUCAGAGCCCAUAUGAUGAACCUAGGAUCUUAUUGUCUUGGUCUCAUACCCAUGACCCUUCUUGUUGUCAAAAUAAAGCCUGGAAUGGCCUUCAACUCCACUGGAAUCAUCAAUGAAACUAGUAAUAAUUUGGAUCCAGUAAACACUCUGAAUUCAUUUCCAAUAACAAUAUGUAUGGUUCUUGUUUUCUUAUCAAGUAUAUUUGGAUAUUGCAAAGAAGUGGUCCAAAUUUUCCAACAGAAAAGAAAUUACUUCCUGGAUUACAACAAUGCUCUGGAAUGGAUUAUCUAUACAACCAGCAUCAUCUUUGUAUUGCCCUUGUUUCUCAACAUCCCAGCAUAUAUGCAGUGGCAAUGUGGAGCAAUAGCAAUAUUCUUAUACUGGAUGAACUUCCUAUUGUAUCUUCAGAGGUUUGAGAACUGUGGAAUUUUCAUUGUUAUGUUGGAGGUGAUUUUUAAAACAUUGUUGAGAUCGACGGGCGUGUUUAUCUUCCUCUUAUUGGCUUUUGGCCUCAGCUUUUACGUCCUCCUGAACUUCCAAGAUGCCUUCAGCACUCCAUUGCUCUCCUUAAUCCAGACUUUUAGCAUGAUGCUAGGAGACAUCAACUAUCGAGAUGCCUUCCUAGAACCAUUCCUAAGAAAGGAAUUGGCAUAUCCAAUCCUGACCUUUGGGCAACUUAUUGCCUUCACAAUGUCUGUCCCAAUUGUUCUCAUGAAUUUACUAAUUGGUUUGGCAGUUGGGGACAUUGCCGAAGUCCAGAAGCAUGCAUCACUGAAGAGGAUUGCUAUGCAGGUGGAACUUCAUACCAACUUAGAGAAAAAGUUGCCUCUCUGGUACUUACGCAAAGUAGAUCAGAAGUCCACCAUUGUGUAUCCGAACAGACCCAGGCAUGGCAGGAUGCUGCGAUUUUUUCAUUACUUUCUUUGUACGCAAGAAACACGGCAAGAGGUACCAAACACUGACAUGUGUUUGGAAAUGGAAAUAUUGAAACAGAAAUACAGACUGAAGGACCUCACUUCUCUCUUGGAAAAGCAGCAUGAACUCAUCAAACUCAUCAUCCAGAAGAUGGAAAUCAUCUCAGAGACAGAAGAUGAAGAUAACCAUUGUUCUUUCCAAGACAGGUUCAAGAGGGAGAGGCUAGAGCACAUGCACAGCAAAUGGAAUUUUGUGUUGAAUGCAGUUAAGACAAAACCACACCUAAACAUUAGUCACCCAGACCUUUAG